CACUCGCCUCAUCCUCUCUCACUUCAGAGUGUAGGGAGAGACACUGCCGUGUUCUAAUUCUUCUGCCACAGCUCUCCAUUUCCUCGCUUUCACCUCUUCUAUCUCUGUCACUGAGAAAAUUUGCCUUUUGGUUUUUUAUUAUCUUCAGCUCUUUUCACAUGGAUUUGCAUCAAGGAUAGCGAAUUGCUAAGUCGUAGUUCGAUUUCCUUUGUCGAUCCUUCGGGUUUGAAGUUUUCAAGCAUUGUCGGACUCGAUUUCGCUUGUGAGGUUGAUAAAACUGGUCAAGAACUCUUUGGAGGACUUUGUGUUAGGUGGCGUGGCAGAGCUUCAACCGCAGCUGAGCACGCAAACACAUGCUUUUUCUUUGUCUGAGAACUCAGAAGUUUUGAAUUUUCUCCAUUGAAUAACAUGGAAAUCUCUAGCACCUUUAGUGGCGGUGGCAUGAUGUGGUUUUUUAAGGAUAAAGGAUUUGAUGAUAAAAGCAUACAAGGAAUGUUCAGGAAGUGCAAGCGCCUUGAGGUUGUGCAUGAAGAAAGAGCAUCUGAGAAUUGGGCCUAUUUGACAAGCAUUGGCAUUCAAGAGAGGAAACUCCCAUAUAUUGUUUCAAAAUGUCCCAAGAUUCUUACGCUUGGCCUUAAUGAGAAGAUAGUUCCCAUGGUUGAAUGCCUCAAGACGCUGGGAACAAAACCCAAUGAAGUUGCUUGUGCCAUAGCCAAGUUCCCUCAUUUACUCUCACAUAGUGUGGAAGAGAAGCUUUGCCCUCUGUUGGCUUUCUUUCAAGCAUUGGGCAUCCCUGAAAAGCGACUUGGAAAAAUAAUACUGCUCAAUCCCAGGCUUAUCAGCUACAGCAUUGAAACAAAGCUCACAGAAAUUGUGGACUUCCUUGCUAGCCUUGGUCUUAAUAAAGAUGGAAUGAUUGGAAAAAUUUUAGUGAGGAACCCGUAUAUUAUGGGAUACAGCGUUGAUAAAAGACUCCGCCCCACUACUCAGUUUCUGAAGUUAAUAGGUCUGACUGACUUCGAACUCCAAGUGGUAGCUGUGACCUUCCCAGAAGUCUUGAGUAGAGAUGUGAACAAGGUUUUGGAGCCCAAUUAUGCCUAUUUAAAGAGAUGUGGAUUCCAAGACAGACAGAUAGUUGCUUUGGUAGUUGGAUUUCCUCCAAUCCUUAUCAAGAGCAUUCAAAAUUCUCUAGAACCCAAGAUAAGGUUUCUUGUAGAUGUGAUGGGGAAACAAAUCCAUGAAGUUGUUGAUUAUCCUGGCUUCUUUCGUCAUGGUCUGAAGAGAGAAAUUGAGUUGCGGCACAAAUUUUUAAAGCAGAGGAACUUAAAUUGUAGCUUGAGUGAAAUGCUUGACUGUAAUAAGAAGAAGUUCUUCUUAAAAUUUGGUUUGUUAGAAGGACAUGUAUUGAGUAAUAAGGUUUCGUCCCGCUGAUAUCUUAUCAUUUUUGUAUAACUGGCUCAGUUUAGUUGUCAUUAUCAGAUUUCUGCCCUUGAUGUGGAUUCUUUUAAGUAGUUCAAAGUGUUGGGCAUUCCAAUCAUAUCUAAUUUAUUUCGAUUGAAAUUUCCAUGUCAAGGUCUUCUGAGAUGAUAGGUUAUCUCUUUUCUGAAGUUUGUAUA